GGUGUAGGGCAUUCGCGUAAAACGAGGAGAGGGCGCACUCAAAAGGAAGGGAACGGUUUCUCCGUACGGAACGUGCUACCGGAGAGGCAAUCGCGUGCGCCGCACACGAAGCAAGAAGUUCGCCCAUUCAUUCAAAGCGUUCCUCGCCUGUGGUUUGUACUCGUACGGCGCUGGUAAUCAGCGACCGUACCGCACUAUGCGGCGUCACUUUUCGUUGACCAAACCCUGCGGACCGAGCUGACCCAUCGACAAGUCUCUCUAAAGACUGUUCUGAAGUACGACGUCGAGUUUUUUCUCGUUUGACGUGCUGUAAGCCCACUGCUGCGACCAUGAAGGAAUCGACAGCCGCUAGCCACGAGCGUCGCUGGCGCACAUCCAUGAGCCUCGUGUUACCGCAGGUACGCUACGAACACCUCAUAGCCGGCAUUUCUGGCGGUGUCACUUCGACCCUCGUGCUGCAUCCGCUAGACCUGCUCAAGAUCCGACUGGCAGUUAAUGACGGUCAGCUGAAGAGCCGGCCGCAGUAUCGAGGCAUCCUCAACGCCGUCUCAACGAUCAUCCGGGAAGAAGGAAUCCGUGGUCUCUACCGCGGUGUGGCUCCAAACUGCUGGGGUGCCGGCACUUCGUGGGGCCUCUACUUCCUCUUCUACAAUUCCAUCAAAUCGUGGAUGCUGGAUGGCAGCCCUGACAAGCAGCUUGGUCCUGGCCGGCACAUGAUGGCAGCUGCAGAGUCCGGGCUGCUGACACUAGUCAUCACAAACCCGAUCACCAUGGUGAAGACCCGCAUGUGCCUCCAGUACGCCGACCACCACAUGGACCUGCCGGCCACCCGCCGCUACUCGGGAAUGCUGGACGCAUUUCAGAAGGUUUACAAGUACGAAGGGGUCACCGGCCUCUACAGGGGAUUUGUGCCGGGCAUGUUCAAUGUAUCCCAUGGAGCACUGCAGUUCAUGGUGUACGAGGAAAUGAAGAAGGCUUACUGCAGUCGCUUCAACAUCUCUCCACAGGCCAAACUGGGCACGUUUGAGUACCUGACGUUUGCUGCGCUCUCUAAACUGCUCUCUGCUAGCGUCACUUACCCAUAUCAGCUGAUGAGGGCCCGCCUCCAGGACCAGCACCAGAAUUACGAGGGCCUCAAGGAAGUCGUCAUGCGAACGUUUCGGUACGAGGGCCUACGUGGUUUCUACAAGGGCGUCACGGCUUACUUCCUCCACGUGACCCCGAACAUCUGCAUCGUGUUCCUCAUGUACGAGAAGCUGGCUCCCCUGCCCGAGCAGCGCUCCUAGUGUGCCCAGACCGACGACCAGGCGGCGGGAGAGGGCAUCGCCAUCUGCGAUUCGCUCGAGGCUGACAGGGUUGCCAACACCAUGGACGAGGCCCGCUGAAGGCGUGCACGCGGCUGCCACCUACAGCUUUACUCAGCACUCGUUGCACCCUGCGCUGUUGUUGUUGUGACACGUGGCUCUUGGGUUCUGUCGGGUGCGGAAUUUCUGGUGUCGUUUGGAGCUUGGAAAUGUGCGUGUGUGGUUGGGCACACUGUACUCACUGUGUCACUUUUGAUGGCAGCCUCUGGGAACAGCCACUGAGACGUGUCUGUCCUAGCAGGCAGUUUCUGUUUAUGCCUGCGAGUGAACAUGAGUGAAGCUCGAACAGUCUCUGAUGCAUUCCUUUGUGACUGCUAAUGGCGUAGAGCUUCUACGUGCAGGAAAAGGAAAGUAAUGGCUGUACCAGACACCCGCUUGUGAAUGCUAGGGUCCAAACGAGGAAAGGAGGCAGAUGUGUUCAUGACGAAGAUUAAGCGUCGCAUCCGACAGUACCGAAGUGCCACGUGCUGUUGAGGCUGGUGGUUGCGUCGACCAGUGUUUCUUGUUCCACCACCUACGGCGAAGCUGUCUGCGUCUCCUCUGCUUCUUUUUGUUACGGUUGACUGCACGUCUGGAGCAUUGUUACAGGCUGUUGCCACGUGCGCUUGCGAUUUCUCCUUCCAUUCUUUCACUUUUGAUGUCGUUCACUCGCUAAUGCCUUUAGCUGUUCAAAACUAAGCUCUUGUUGUUCUCUCUUCACGUUAAUGCUUUCAUCUCCCGUUUUGUGCACCUGUUAACGACCGUACCAUCAUCCUGUAUUUUUCGUGCCUAUCAUCAAAGCAUUUUUUUAUAAAAGCUGGAUUCAGAUGACGGGAUGCGGUGGCCAUUCUUCUGCACGCCAUGCCUUCGCACGGUUAUUUCAUCCGUGCAUCCAGUCUUGGAUUGCCUAAAUCUUCGAUGUGCGCGCCUGUGGUACGUCUUUGUCAACGCGAUAGCAUUCACUGCAAGGUCAAAUAUGCACAAUUCCAAAAAAUGCACAAGAAGCAUUCAGCUUGUAAAAAUAGUUAGUGCCUGGUUUCUGAUUACAUCAGGUCGGUGUUCUGUCAUUCGAUUCCAGCUUUAUCAUCGGGGUUUGUACAAACAUGCUUCAUUCGCUGUCCAUCUUGAUCUCUCACUACGGCGCUUCAGUGGAUAGCACUAGAGGUGUGGAAGUGUUAUCUUGCUGCGUUAUGCCGCUGAACACUUCACACAUGCCACAGCUUUUAACGGCGCCCUUUACUGCGCGGUUUGCCCAAAUCACGACGAGUUCUCAGCAACCCGUACUGAUGCCGUACUUGCUGUGAAAAAAAGUGGGCUCUAGCCGGUACAUGCACGUAUUCGUUCGUGUUCCCAAAGUAAUGCCGGGGCUAAGACGCCAGCAGCAGCUCUGAGUUCGAUAGUAUUUCAUGACGCCAUAUUAGAACCAAGAUUGUCCCCAAUUUGUUUGUUGUGCACGUAUAUUGUCAAAACGUUCUACCGUACGUCACUUAUUGGCAGGACAAUUUAGUGCACUGGGAAGAAGCCAUUUGCAUUGCUCAAUAGUCGUCUAUUGAUGCAAAAGCCAGUGAACAAAUGUUGCACGCGAGAGACUGGAAAGUACAUCGAAUAGCACUGCACAAACAGUUUUAAUUUGCCAGUCGCAAUUCAAUGUCGGCAGUCGUCCUUUGUAAUCUGUAUGCAUUGGUUUUUGCUAGUUUUGUCUUGGCUCGGUGUCUACCAAUUCAGUCAGCCUUCACUGAAGCUUUAUGCGGCAAAGGAUAAGUACAUGCAGUUGCAGAAUCUCAUGAAAGGAAACAUAUCAUUUGCUCCAGAAUAUAGCAUCAAGAGAUACUAUCAUGCGCAAAUGCUGUUGUUAGUCGCUACAUUCUACUAAAACGUUCACCGAAGCGUGCACAUAUAGGUUAGAGCUCCGCAUAUUACCAUGUUCCUAGGUUGUUGCGACGACGUCGCCUUGUUAUUUAUUUAUUGUUCACGACUUGUCACCGUCAUCGUCCACAACCCAGUUUUUUUCCCUUCAACUCUACUUGCCACAUUGUUUUUUAGCACGCACAACAUCCGAGUCUCGGGUUGAGAUGCGUGCCAUGCGAGAUUUGAUGCGGGUGCCUCGAAAAACGUCUGUGUACAGUGUACGGAAUGGAAGAACCAACGCGUCUCAUCUGGAAAGAUGACACGCGUUGGUUGCAUUUUUUUUCUUCACUUUGACAAGACUGUGAUACUUAUCCGGAACAACUUGCGGGUUGUGUUCCGGUAACGAAGAAACCAAAGUUCUGCAAAGAAAAGAAAAAGAAAAAGAGUAAACGGAAUAUUUUAACCUGUUUGCAAUUGUGAGUGUGUGUAUGUACGUCAGGCCAAUAUCCGAGGCUCUGCAGUUGUCUCUCGCCGUUCACCCUUGUAGCUCUCUGUAUCUGUUUCGAAAAGCAACGAGAAGCCCGACAUUGACGACCUGUCGUUGCUUGUUUCCAGAAGCAGACAUCAUCGCUGCUGCCGUGCAGGUUGUGAUGUCUGUACAGAGCCGCAGGCAGUGUUGUUAACGUCGAAAGUCUGCGCGACUUGGGUGAAGCACCUUCAUGGAGCAAUAUGUAUACUACAUGACAAAUGCCAGAUUAGUGUAUUAUUGUGUAUUUUUGCCUCUCAUUGCUCUCGCAUCAUGUAAACUACAUUAUGUAUAAAAGAACUGUGGUUCUUGAGGAAA